CGGUCGCUCUCUGUGUGACGCGGCACACUGCACACGCGCCGCUGUGGAAGAGCCUGAAGCUGAUGUAAGAGGAGACCGACCGGGCGAAGCGGAGAUACCGGUGCGGGCUGAGAGCGGGAGAGACACGCUGAGCGGAGCAGGAGCCGGGCAGCAAAGAUUCCACCGAUAGACGACAACAUGUCCGGGGACGAGAUGAUUUUCGACCCCACCAUGACACGGAAAAAGAAGAAGAAGAAGAAGCCUUUCAUGUUGGAUGAAGAAGGGGGUGAACCACAGGUGGAGGAGACCCAGGUCCCAGAGACUAAAGAGGUUGAGCCGGAGCCUCAGGAGGAGAAAGAUUUUGAUAUAGACGAAGAGACCUUUAGAAGAAAAGAUGCACCCGAUGAUCUCGAUGACUUGAAUUUCUUCAACCAGAAGAAGAAGAAAAAGAAGACGAAAAAGUUUGACUUGGAUGAGGCAGAGGAAGCUGUUAAGAACCUCAAAAUCGAAACAGAAGUCCAAGAGGCCUCAGAAUCUCAGGAGGAUGACCUGGAUUUCAUGCUGGGCAAGAAAAAGAAAAAGAAGAAUGUGAAGUUCCCUGAGGAGGAUGAUAUCAUUGACAAAGAUGAAGCCUUUGAAGAAGAAGAAAACAAGAAAGAUUAUGACAUCACCUUCGUCUCCCAACUUGGACCUGCAUGGGCUGGCACUGAAAGGGACUAUACAUACGAUGAGCUGCUAAACAGAGUUUUUAACAUUAUGCGGGAGAAGAAUCCAGACAUGGUGGCCGGAGAGAAGAGAAAAUUUGUCAUGAAACCACCACAGGUUGUUAGGGUUGGGACAAAGAAGACCUCAUUUGUGAACUUCACAGACAUUUGCAAAUUAUUACAUCGUCAGCCAAAACAUCUUCUGGCUUUCCUAUUAGCGGAGUUGGGUACAAGUGGCUCUAUAGAUGGCAACAACCAAUUGGUAAUCAAAGGCAGAUUCCAACAGAAGCAAAUAGAGAAUGUAUUGCGACGAUAUAUCAAGGAGUAUGUGACAUGUCACACCUGUCGAUCGCCAGAUACAAUUUUACAAAAAGACACAAGAUUAUAUUUCCUACAGUGUGAGACUUGCCACUCCCGCUGUUCUGUGGCCAGCAUUAAAACCGGUUUCCAGGCCGUCACCGGCAAGAGAGCUCAGCUCCGCGCCAAAGCCAAUUAACCGGCCCUUUCACCUUUUCAUAUUUUACCAGCUCAUUGUGAGGAUAUACAGAGGGCAUCCACUGGCAGCAAUGGGAUUGCAACCCUCUAUAAUGUAAAGAAUGAUUUCCAAACUUGGAAAGGAGAUCUUUGGCUUAACAUUUCCCCAUUUCUCUGUGCAAAGAGCUUGCAGACAUCGGUUAUUAUAGCUGAUAAAGCUCUAUACGCUUACAACCCACAGAAAAUGUUUACCAAGUGUCUGAGGGAAAAGGGGAAGCUACAAUAUGCAUUUUUAUCCAGAUUUCUGUUAAAUGCUAAAUACAUUAAAGGUAAUACAACAUUCAUA